UUCCGUUUCCGAAACAUUAGUUUAAGUGUGUUUAUGUUGUGCUUAUGUAUUAAAUUAAUUCUGUUUCACUCUUUCCUUAGUUGGAUUUAAUUUAAUUUAAUUUAAUUUGGUUAUUGUGUUUUAGACUAAUUAAAAAAGGAAUUUAACAAUAUGAAGCUUAAUAUCUCUUAUCCGGCAACUGGUUGCCAGAAAUUAUUUGAUAUCGAUGAUGAAAUGAAAACUAGAAUUUUCUAUGAUAAGCGUAUGGGUCAAGAAGUUGAUGCAUCAACCAUUGGCCCCGAAUGGAAAGGUUAUAUCCUUAAAGUUAGUGGUGGAAACGACAAGCAAGGUUUCCCGAUGAAACAAGGAGUUCUUACUAAUCAAAGAGUAAGACUUUUAUUGGCUACUGGACACUCCUGUUAUCGACCAAGACGAACAGGUGAAAGGAAACGAAAAUCUGUUCGUGGAUGUAUUGUCGACAGUAACUUAAGUGUCCUUGCUUGUGUUAUUGUUCAAAAAGGUGAACAAGAUAUUCCUGGUUUAACAGACAAGACUCUUCCUCGUCGAUUGGGUCCUAAGCGAGCCAACAAAAUCCGAAAGCUUUUCAACCUUUCAAAAGAAGAUGAUGUUCGACAAUAUGUUGUCAGAAGACCUUUACCCGAAAGAGCAGGAAAGAAACCUCGAACGGCUGCACCCAAGAUUCAAAGAUUAAUCACCCCACAAAGACUUCAACGAAAGCGUAGAUUGAUCGCUCUUAAGAGAAACAGAGCUAACAAACAACGUGAGCUCGCUGCUGAUUAUGCUAAAUUAUUAGCUGCUCGACAAAAGGAAGCACGUCACAAGAAACAAGAAGAAAUCCGACGACGUCGUUCAUCUGCAUCCUCUGGAGUCUCAUCAAGACAACAAUCUGUCAGUCAACCAGCUCCAACUAAAGGAGCCGUCAAAGCUGCAGCCAAGUUGGUCGCUAAAGCUAAAGCUACUGCUGCUAAACCAGUAGUCAAAAAAUUAACUGGUAAAGUUGCCGCUCCAGUUAAAGGUGCCGUCAAGCCCGCCGUCUCUAAGGUCGCUCCAAAGGGUAAAGCAGCACCAGCUAAAGCUGCUCCAGCAAAGGGAGCCAAACCAGGAGCUAAACCCACUGGUAAAACAGCACCCAAAUCGUCAGCCAAGGAUGUUAAAUCCAAGACAACAACUGGUAAAUCAGCUACUCAAGCAAAACCUGGAUCAAAAGCAGCACCAAAAACUGCUACUAAGACCGCAACCAAACCUGGUGCCAAACCAGCAGCAAAACCAGGAGCUAAGCCCACAGGUAAACAACCCGCUAAAUCAGCAACUGGCAAAACCCAAAAAUCAGUGACUAAGACAACAGGUAAACCUACUGGUUCUAAAACCGCAACUAAGCCAGUAGCGAAAUCAUUAUCUAAGCCAGCAACAGGAAAAGCUCCAACAUCCUCCAAACCAUCGAAACCCGCUGGCAAAGCUCCGGUUCAAGCUAAACCAGCUUCAAAACCAGCACCAAAACCAACCGCCACAAAAUCAGCGCCAGCUAAAGGAGCAAGCGGUGGAAAAGCUGCCGUUGCCAAAGCAGCCGAAGCAAGGAAAACAAAACCAUCUAAACCAUCAAAAUAGAUAAACAAAAUCUUAGAUAAUCAAUUGAUAUAAAAUAAAGGGAAACUGUUUUUUUGUCCAUCA